CCCGGUUUAGGUAGGUGGAGGAGGUGGAGGAGGCAAGAGGAGGCCGUUGAGGAUAAGUGUUUAAUAGAUCUUAUCUCGACCUGAGCCACCCUUGAUGCAUUCAUUCAUCACAUUCGCAGCUCAUCCAGUCUUCGUCCAACAGUAGACAGUAAGCUGCGAUACCAACCAACAGCCACAGAGCCGCAUACGCCGUCACGCACACAUACAGACAGCCCUCCCACACGCCUUGCAACAUGUCCACCACUACCACCACCACCCUCACCCAGCCCGCCGAGCCCAAGGUCGAAGCCAUCAUCUCCUCUCCCGCCGCUGUCGAAGCCGUCCGGAAGACCGACCAGCAGCCCCAAGAAGCCGCCCCUCCCCCCCCUGCCACCACCAACCUGGCCGCGCUGGCCACGGGCGGCUAUACCUUCGCCGGCAUCCCCAACAUCACCGACCCCUACAAGAAGCGCCAGUGGCAGCUCGAGCACAUGGCCGGCGCCUUCAGGGUCUUCGCCCGAAAGGGAUACACCGAGGGCACCAGCGGCCACAUUAGCGUGCGCGAUCCCGUCGACCCCAACACCUUUUGGAUCAACCCACUCGGAGUCCACUUUGGCAUGCUCAAGGCCAGCGACAUGGUGCAGAUCGACGAGGACGGCCAGGUCAUCGGCGGCAACAAGACGGCCGUCAACGCCGCCGGCUUCAUGAUCCACAGCGCCAUCCACCGCGCUCGCCCCGACAUCCACGCCGCCUGCCACACCCACUCCAAGUACGGCAAGGCCUGGUCGACCUUUGGCCGGCCGCUCGACAUCAUCAGCCAGGACACGUGCAACUUCUGGGGAACCCAGUCCGUGUACAAGGCCUUUGGCGGCGUCGUGCUCGGCGAGCAGGAGGGCCAGCGCAUCGUCGAGGCGCUUGGCGACAAGGGCCGUGUCAUCGUGCUGCAGAACCACGGCAUCCUGACCGCCGGUGGCACUGUCGACGAGGCCGCCUACCUGUACACCCUCAUGGAGCGAUCCUGCGAGGUCCAGCUGCUCGUCGAGAGCGCCGGCCUGCCCAAGAACUACAUUGGCGAGAAGGAGGCAGAGUUCACCGCCAAGGUCAACGCCGAUCCCGAAACCCUAUACACCGAGUUCCAGCCCGACUUUGAGUACGAGAUCUGGAAGUCCAAGGGCGAGCUGUGCAAGGGCGAAUAAAUCAUCACAUCUACCAUGUUGUUUCCUUUUGUCAUCAGCUCGGCCAACACUCCGAGCCCGCAUUUAGAAAAGCCGAUAGCCCAGAGCCGCAGAGCCGGGGAUGGAAUUUAGUCAUACGAUAUUGAUUGACGUUUACUACUUUAAUCCGUUUGUAUGGGGAAGACGCUUGGAAU